UCUCCCUCCCCCUCUCUGCGACCUGCGCGGACCCCUCCUCUCCGGCUGUCGCCGCGGGUGCUCCCACAGAGGAGCGGAGAUUACUGAGCCGUCGGGAUGCCCCAGCUCUCCGGGGGAGGCGGCGGCGGCGGGGGGGACCCGGAACUCUGCGCCACGGACGAGAUGAUCCCCUUCAAGGACGAGGGCGAUCCCCAGAAGGAGAAGAUCUUCGCCGAGAUCAGUCACCCUGAAGAGGAAGGCGACUUGGCCGACAUCAAGUCCUCCUUAGUUAACGAGUCUGAGAUCAUCCCGGCCAGCAACGGACACGAGGUGGCCAGACAAGCUCAAGCCUCCCAGGAGUCCUACCACGACAAGGCCAGAGAACAUCCUGAUGAUGGGAAGCAUCCAGAUGGAGGCCUUUACAACAAGGGACCCUCCUACUCAAGUUAUUCUGGGUACAUAAUGAUGCCAAAUAUGAACAACGACCCAUACAUGUCAAAUGGAUCCCUUUCUCCACCCAUCCCGAGAACAUCAAACAAAGUGCCCGUGGUGCAGCCCUCCCAUGCAGUCCAUCCUCUCACCCCCCUCAUCACCUACAGCGACGAGCACUUUUCUCCAGGAACACACCCGUCACACAUCCCAUCAGAUGUCAACUCCAAACAAGGCAUGUCCAGACAUCCUGCAGCUCCUGACAUCCCUACCUUUUACCCCCUGUCUCCUGGUGGUGUUGGCCAGAUUACCCCACCUCUUGGCUGGCAAGGUCAGCCUGUAUAUCCCAUCUCGGGUGGAUUCAGGCAACCCUACCCGUCCUCACUGUCAGUCGACACUUCCAUGUCCAGGUUUUCCCAUCACAUGAUUCCUGGUCCUCCAGGUCCCCACACAACUGGCAUCCCUCAUCCAGCUAUUGUGACACCUCAGGUCAAACAGGAGCACCCCCACACUGACAGCGACCUAAUGCACGUGAAGCCUCAGCAUGAACAGAGAAAGGAGCAGGAGCCAAAAAGACCUCACAUUAAGAAGCCUCUGAACGCUUUUAUGUUAUACAUGAAAGAAAUGAGAGCGAAUGUCGUAGCUGAGUGUACUCUAAAAGAAAGUGCAGCUAUCAACCAGAUCCUAGGCAGAAGGUGGCAUGCCCUCUCCCGUGAGGAACAGGCUAAAUAUUAUGAAUUAGCACGGAAAGAAAGACAGCUACAUAUGCAGCUUUAUCCAGGCUGGUCCGCAAGAGACAAUUAUGGUAAGAAAAAGAAGAGGAAGAGAGAGAAACUGCAGGAAUCUACAUCAGGUGGAAAACGAAGCUCAUUCCCCACGUGCAAAGCCAAGGCAGCGACCCCAGGACCUCUUCUGGAAAUGGAAGCUUGUUGAAAACCCAGACUGUCUCCACGGCUUGCCCAGUCGACCCCAAAGGAGCAUUUGACACCAACCUCACCCUGAGGUCACUGCUGGAGACUCCGAUCCAUACAGACAAUCACUGCCAACUCCCCCUCCGCCCGCCCCCACUGUCUACUGCAAGAGCCCAGAUCCACAAGAAAGCAUAAAACGGUUUUGUUCAAGGAAAUUAGCACAUGAGACGCUAGCAGGCCCUGGGUCAGCCGAGCAGCUUCUCUCCCCUCACCUCUGCGUGCACUUCCCAGAGCGUUUUGCGUCCACACCUGUAACCUUUUGGCAAGGACAGUAGCUCGGCUGUGUUUGCCUGCCACGCGCAACUGGAGCCAGCAGCCGGCACACCCGCCGGCGUCGCCAGUGGAGGGAUUUGAGGAAGAGUUCCCUCUUCGUUCCUGUCUUCAUUUUCCUUUCUCUUCCUUUCCUAAAGCUUUUAUUUAACAGUGC